AGCUUAUGAUAUCGACCAUCUGUUAGCAGGUAUGUAGCCUCCAUUUGUGGAAACGAGCAGCUUGCUGCCAUGUGAUCCACUACUGGGUUUAAAAGCUUAUGGCCCACAGAGAAGGAAAGAGUACACAAUUCCCCACUGACCCCAGUCUGAAGCACACAUCACAGGAUCUGGGUGCUACAUCCUAAACAUGUCAGACACAGAGGAUGCCACAUAUGAAGGACAACCAGAUGCAGCAGAGGAAAAUGAGGGAGAGGAGUCAAAGCCAAAGAUGAAGCCUGGUUUCGUGCCUGGCUUGGCACCUCCCAAGAUCCCAGAUGGAGAAAAAGUGGAUUUUGAUGACAUUCACAGGAAGCGUAUGGAAAAGGACCUGAAUGAGCUCCAGACUCUGAUUGAAGCUCAUUUUGAAAAGCGUAAAAAGGAGGAAGAAGAGCUUGUCAGUCUCACAGAUCGCAUUGAGAAGCGCAGGUCGGAGAGAGCCGAGCAGAUGAAGAUCAGAGCGGAGAGAGAAAGAGAAAGGCAGAACAAAUUAGCCGAAGAGAAAGCAAGAAAAGAAGAAGAAGAAGCCAAGAAAAAAGCUGAUGAUGAUGCAAGGAAGAAGAUGAUCCUGUCUAACCUGAGUUUCACUGGAUACAAGACACAGCCGGGAACAAAAAAACAAACAGAAAGAGAAAAGAAGAGGAAGAUCCUAAAUGAUCGGCGCAAGGAGCUAAACAUUGAUCACUUGAAAGAAGAAAAACUCCGGGAAAAAGCAAAGGAAUUGUGGGACUGGAUGCGUCAGCUAGAGGCAGAGAAGUUUGAACUUCAAUAUAAAUACACAAAGCAGAAAUAUGAGGUAACCGUGCUGAGAAACCGGGUCAGUGAUCACCAGAAAAUAUCAAAGAGCAGCAGAAGCAAGCGAGGCCUGAGGAAGUAACACCUGACAUCAGCUGGAGAGACGCUGGAAACAUUAGGCAUCCACAGAAUAUUGGGAAGAAUAAAAACUGCAUGAUCAUGUUUUCUGACAACUUGAACUUGAAAAAACUAAAUUAGAAUACUGGAAAUAGCACGAAAAUCACUCUUAAAAAUGUUAUUGUAAAAAUCACGUGCAUGCUGAGUUAAUUUGCAGAGGUGUAGCAGUAGACAGUUUCCAUCAGUAGACUGAUCAGGCAAUGUGUUGCAACUUAUUAAGAGCUUGUAAGAUGGUGAAGUACAAACAAACGUGAGGCUACUCUUUUACCUCUUGUAAGAAUGGUUUUGUGACUGCAAUGAACAUUAAAGACAAAAAAAAGCAGGAAAUAGUUAUUUUUAUGCAUGUGAUUCCUUUACUUAGUGAAUUUACGUAUUAAUCUCCACUCCAAUAAAAGGAUAAAAGG